AUGGAGGAGGAGUUGGUUGAGGUUCUGCAGAAAUUUGCCCUCUCUGAGAAGGAAGUGGGUAGCACUCUUUUAGAUCUGGGGGACUUAGAUGAAGGAAUCACAGAAUGCCAGGGUAGUGUCAUAGGCAAAAUAAGAGGGGAGAAAAUAGUUAAUUUUACAGGGGUUAAAAAUUUUGUCACUGUGGCUUGGAGCUAUCCUAAAGGCCUUAAAGUGGCAGAAUUAGGACCUAAUGUUUUCCAGUUUACUAUUCCUGAUUCUAAGGAUAAGGAGAGGAUUGUAGAGGGGGGCCCGUGGAUUAUAGACAAUCAGAUUUUAGUGCUUAGGCAUUGGAAGAUUGGGAUUGAGGAGGAUGAAGAUGCUUUUAGUUUAGCUCAGGUUUGGGUGCAAGUGUGGAACCUUCCCAUCCACUGCCUAUCUAAGGCAGUUGGGAAGAAAGUGGGAACUAUAUUUAAUGAGGUCAAGGAUGUGUUAAUUCCUCAGACUGGAGGGAAGGAAGGGAAGCAUAUGAAACUUUUAGUGGUGGUAGAUAUAAAGCAACCUUUAUUGAGAGGAACCAUGGUGCAGAUCAAUGGGAUGGGCAAAUGGUUGUCAUUCAAAUAUGAGAAGUGCCCUGACUUUUGCUAUAGUUGUGGGGUCAUUGGACAUUGUGAAAAGAAUUGUAAGUCCCCUGUGAUGGUGAAAAAGGGACAAUAUCAGAACCAAUAUGGACCGUGGAUGAGGGUGUUUGGGGGUAGAAGCUCUCCUCAGAAAGAGGGGAGUUAA